CUUGUAAUGAACUGUAACAUUAAAACCAUUACAAAGGGAGAGUAGCGUUGAUGGUUCUAAUGUUUCUUGAAUAUGAUAGGUCGAUGAUUUAAAUAAUUUAGUAAGAGAUUCUAAAGUAAAGGCACUCUGUCUUUCGAUCAAUUGACGGAAUUAGCCUUGGGCCUGGAGAUGAGUGGGCAAAAGUUCAUAUGGGUCGUGAGAAGCCCAGAUAAUGAGUCUGCUGCGGGCUCAUAUUUCAGUGCGGAUAGUAAUACGGACCCAUUGGGCUUUUUACCAGAAGGGUACUUGGACCGGACCAAAGAACAAGGCCUGCUAGUUCCAUCCUGGGCUCCACAGAUGCAGAUUCUGGCCCACAAAUCCACCGCUGGGUUCCUGACCCAUUGUGGAUGGAAUUCGGCUCUCGAGAGCAUCAUCAAUGGCGUACCCAUGAUUGCAUGGCCACUGUACGCAGAACAGAGUACAAAUGCAGUAUUAUUAACAGAGGCCCUGAAAGUAGCACUGAGGCCCAAGCCAAACCAGAAUGGGCUUGUGGGCCGAGAAGAAAUUGCGAAGACUGUCAAGAGUCUAAUGCAGGAGGAAGAGGGGAUGAAGAUUCGAGAAAGGAUGAAUGUCAUGAAGGAAGCUGCAGCCAACGCAGUUAGAGAAGGUGGGUCGUCUACAAAGACCCUCUCUCAGCUGGUGCUCAAAUGGAAGAAUAGAAAAUUAAAUUAAAAAUAAAAUCCAACUUAUAUU